UACUGCACUGUACUUUUAACAGUUUUAUCAUACUUUGAAAACUUUAAUACUUUUAACAUUUUAAUACAUUUAACACAUUUCAACACUUUCAACACAGAGGUCUGCUUUUUUGGAGGAGGGCCAGAACUACUGUCACGGAGCAGCGGUUCAACCCGGACCGGACACCCCGUUGCACCAGGAGGGAUGUGGCUGCUCGCAGUGUUUGUGCCCCUGAUGCGGGUCUAUUUAUGCGGCGUUAAAGUGCUUAUUUAUCAGCUGUUCAACAGGUCUUUCACGUUACCAGUCCUCCCCCGGCAGAAUGGACGCGUUGCCAUAGUGACCGGGGGGGCCCGCGGCAUGGGCUUUGAGAUCGCGAGACACCUGGCCGGCCUUGGAAUGCACGUUCUGAUAGCGGGGAACGUGGAGUCCGAGGGCCUGGCAGCCGUGGCAACGAUUCACCAGGAGGUCAAAGAGGGGAAAGCUGAGUUCCUGUAUCUGGACAUGGCCUCUCAAAAGUCUGUCCGUCUGUUCGCUCAGCGUUUCAAGGACCGCGGCCUCCCUCUGCACGUCCUGGUCAACAACGCGGGCGUCAUGCUGGUUCCGGAGCUCCAGACGGAGGAAGGGGUGGAGCUUCACUACGGGCUGAACUUCCUCGGGCACUUCCUGCUGACGGGGCUGCUCCUGGAGACGCUGGCCCGCUCCGGGACGCCGGGCCGCUCCGCCCGCGUGGUCAACAUGGCGUCCGCCACGCACUACGGGGGGCGGCUGGACCUCGACAACCUCAACAGCAGGGGGUGCUACAGCGCCCACGGCGCCUACGCCCAGAGCAAGGUGGCCCUGGUGAUGUUCGGCCAGCGGCUGCAGAGGCGUGCGGCGGCCCGCGGCCUCCACGUCACGGCCAACGCCGCCGACCCCGGCAUGGUGGACACGGCGCUCUACGACUUCCUGAGUGCCCCCGCCAAGCUGGCCAAGAGGCCCUUCACCGGGCUGCUGUUCAGGACGCCGGCGGAGGGGGCGUCGACCGCCAUCUACGCGGCGGUCAGCCCUGAGCUGGAGGGCGUGGGGGGGCGGU